AUGGAACCACCGGCUUUGCUAUCCGCAGACCACGAUUUCAGCUUCGAGACAUCAAUCCCUUUAUCCUUUGUGAAAGUCAUGGCGUGGAACCGUGACCGGGAUUGGUCCCAGUCCUCGUGGAAGACUUCUUCUUCAUGGGACAAGAACACAUCGUCAGGUUGGAACAACCGUGACUGGCAGCGAGAUCAACCUUCAGUGCCCAGCCCAAGUGUUUCAAUUCCUUCGACAUUUGUUUCUGAUUGGGAAUGCUAUGAUACCAAUCCAGUUUCAAACAAGAAGUUCUUUCGCAACAUUCAGUCGACCCCCUGGUCCACCAAAAGUGGUCUUGCUGGGAAGGAUGUUGCUAGCCUUCGUGUCACGGACCUUACGAGAAAAGGUCUUGAUGACUACAGUCUCCGAUGUUUGUCCAAUGGAGAGUUUCAAAGCAUCGUCUUUGUGAAGUCCAUUUCGGAAGCAGUGUUCGUCAGCAAUCUGCUUCGACAUAUCAGGCAAGAAAGACUUGAUUUGGAUGCUGUGGCAGCACAUAUGCAUGGCCCGGCACCCCCAGACAAGCAUAAAGAGUCUGCACGAUUUAUGCAACCCCUGCUGGGAGAAAUUGUGUCAACGAUCAAGACGAAAGCCCCACCAACAGCUUCGUCAAGUUCGCAGUCGCCCGAAGCUGAACAGCUUGCAAAAGCCAAGCGCAAGCUCGAAGAAGCAGGAAUUGACCUUACUCCUGUCAAAGACAAGCAGCAGAAGAGCACACCGAGCUCAAAAGGCCCCACUUUGCCAACUGCUGCAGCUAAGUCUCCAGCAGAGCAGAUUCUUGAGAAGGAGCUCACCAACAAACCGGGCUCGGUACCGUCCUCCAGCUCUCAGGAUGCUGUGGACAAGUGGCUGAAGAAGCAUCAGGGCCAGUUUCGCGGCAAAGCUGCAGCUUUUAAGAAACAUGUGGCCGAAGUGUGCUUACUUUUCAAGUCCUCGGAUACCAAACGUCAGGAUCUUGCUGACACAGCUAUCAAGUAUGGCUUGCAGAAAAGCCAUGCAAGCAAGAUGUCGUUCGCCAAGCAAGUGCACUCUCAGCCCUUUGCAGUUCGUAAGCAACUUGCUUCGGCUGUGUGCACUAUGGGAAGUGCAGCAGCUUUCAUGCUGGAACAUGGGGAUGGCAUACCCAAGACCCCAUUGAUCUGGGUGCAUGCAUUGAUGUGCUUGGUGCUGCUGUUCUAUCUUUCAGCACCCAGAUCUGCUUUUAAUUUGGACAGUCAUCAGUCCAAAAUUCUCCGGAAGUUGCAGCAGUUUGGAGUGCAUCCAGACACACUGCAUUACUCCAAGUUCGAAGAGCCAAACUCGGUGUACUGCAUUUUUCAGGUGGAUUUCGAGAUCAGCCGUUUUCGUACAGGCUAUUCUCAACCAUCAUCGUUGUUGUAUGUCGGCAGCACAGCCAUCGGCAUUGCCCGACGACAUUUGAAUCGUAUGGCUGUGUACAGAAGACUCCAGCGAACAGAGUUCGUCGAUGCCGAAUUGUCACUUCGGUACUGGUCGUCGAACCACAAUCUCUUUCAGUUUGUUGUGGUGCCUGUGCAGGCCUAUGACAGUUACCAAGCAGCCUGGAUUUCAGAACAUGAGCUGAUUGCUCAGUGGCAGGCUCCUCUCAACUUUCCCAGAGCGACCAGUCUCGUCAAGAAGACGGCUCUCGGGUUUCGUUUUUCUGCCAAGCGCAGA